UGACGUCGAACAUCCCCGUCAGGAAGCACAUGAAAGUCCACCUCUGCCCAAAACAAGAGGAUUUAUUAUUGCACCAAGUACUUGCUUAUGAUUAUGUGAUCUCAUCUUACUCCCUCCUGAUCUUGCUCUCUCUUCUAAGAUCCUUUCCGCCCGGUCGUUUUGUCGUAACGUGUAAUUCGACCCUCAUCAGAAUCACCAAACAGCUCCGAGAUCCCCAAAUACGAAAAGUACACCUUCACCAACAUGGCGCCCAAGAUCCCAGCGUUCAAGCAUACGCCCGCUGAGGCAAUCCCUGGGAUUGUGGAGAGAGUGAGGAAGACCUUCUUGGCUGGCAAGACCAGACCCGUGGAGUUCCGCCUUGUGCAGUUGAGGAAGCUAUACUGGGGAAUCAAGGACAAUACCGACCUCCUCACCGAAGCAUGCAAGCGCGAUCUCGGAAAGCCAGCAUACGAGACCUACCUCUCGGAGGUAGGAUGGGUGAUGAACGAUAUCGUCUUCAUGCAGAACAACUUGGAGAAAUGGGCGAAGGAUGAAUCUCCACCGGAUAUCCCCUUGAUGAACAAGGGCCUCAAGCCUCGAAUUCGAAAAGAUCCUCUGGGAACAACGCUUGUCAUCGGGGCGUACAACUUCCCCGUCCAACUCUCCAUCGGUCCUCUCAUCGGUGCCAUCGCCGCAGGCUGCACCGCCAUCCUCAAGCCCAGCGAAAGCGCCCCGAACGCCGCUGCCGUGAUGGAGAUGAUCAUCAAGAAAUACCUCGACCCCUCCUGCUACCAGGUCAUCCAGGGCGCCGUUCCGGAGACCACCGCCCUGCUCGACGAGAAAUGGGACAAGAUCUUCUACACCGGCGGCGAGAAGGUCGGCACCAUCGUCGCGAAGAAGGCCGCGGAGACGCUAACCCCAGUGACCCUGGAGCUGGGCGGCCGCAACCCGGCCAUUAUCACGAAGAGCGCCGAUCCCCGCCUGGCGGCGCGACGGCUGCUAUGGGCGAAGGUCCACAAUGCCGGGCAGGUCUGCGUCAGCCAGAACUGGAUCUUGAUCGAUAAGGAGGUCCUACCAGCGUUCAUCAAGGAGCUGGAGAAGGCGUUGAAGGAGUUCUACCCGAAGGGCGUGAAGGCGUCCGAGGACUAUGCGCGCAUUGUCAAUCAGCGGCAAUUUUUGCGCCUCAAGGGCAUGUUGGACAACAGUCGGGGACGGAUUCUGCUUGGCGGGACCAUGGACGAGUCAGAGCUCUUCCUGGAGCCGACGGUCGUUCAGGUGGAUGACGUCAAUGAUCCCCUUGUCGUCGAAGAAAGCUUCGGGCCGUUGAUUCCUGUCUUCCCGGUCAAUGAUUUGGACGAGGCGAUUCGCCUGGCGAACUCCGUCCAUGACACUCCUCUGGGUCUCUAUCCCUUCGGAAACAAGCAAGAAACCGACAAAGUGCUUGCCAACGUUCGCUCCGGCGGCGCCUCCGUCAACGACGGCUUCUUCCACGCCUCCAUCCCCACCCUCCAAUUCGGCGGCGUCGGCACCUCCGGCUCUGGCUCCUACCGCGGCCGCGCCUCCUUCGAGGCGUUCACCCACCGCCGCAGCAUUACCACCACGCCCGGCUGGCUCGAAAGCCUCCUGAGCAUCCGCUACCCGCCCUACCACGGCAAGCUGGCGCAGUUCAAGCGGAUGCAGGACCUAUCCCCGAACUUCGAUCGCGGUGGAAACCGGAAGGUGGGGAUUGUGGGGUGGUUGCUGAGGCUCGGUGCGGGGGAUGCGAGCGGAGCGUUGAGGCGAUACAUCUUGGUGGCGUUGAUCGCGUUUGGAUAUCAGAAGUAUCAGCAGAGACAGGCGAAAUUGUAAAGGGUCCUGGCGUCGUAAUGUUGAGGGGUGCCAGCGCUUCAGGUCGGGUUUUCAUGAUAGGACUUAAAUCCGUUAGUUUGAAAUAACGGUUCAGGUACACUGUGUACAAUAUUUGCUCGCUUUUAUUUUCUGAUGGGUAUUUCGGUAUGUCUGUCAAAUGGAACGAAACUUGGAAGUUCAACCGCCGUUAUAUAUCCUGAUACGUACGGAGAGGAACUCCACCAUCGCCUGCGUCUUGUUUGGACCUGCUCCUGGAUUUAAUUCUGCUCGAAGAGA